AUGCAUCGAAAGAAGAUCCUUAUCGACACCGGAUCCUCGCAGUCGUUUAUCGAUAAAUACACAUUAUCAACAAUGGACACACCGAAUUCAGAAUCAACGCAACGGCAAGUAUUUCAAGCGGCAAAUAACACGACCAUGGAGAGUUCCGAGUACAUCGAACUACAGCUGAUUAUUGAACAUAUGAUUACGAAUGUGAAAUGUUGGAUCCUUAACGACAUGUGCACGGGUAUUAUUGUAGGAACCGACUGGAUGACAACAUAUGCUGCAUCCCCCAGUUAUGCAACACGAUCUGUUGCCAUUACCCUCAACGGCAAACAAUACAGCACGCCAAUGCUGAGAAGAUUACGACAGCAAGAAUAUCAAGCUCGAACAUGUAACCGCAUCGUACUGAAGCCAAAUGAGGAGCGUGCAAUUCGAAUUUACACUCAUCGCCGAACGUUCUCGGCUGACACAGCCAUGUUCAUGCCAUCAAUAAAACUACGAUAUGAAACAUCCCAACUAUUGCCAUAUGCGCUUUUGGCUGUGUGCCAUGGGAAAACAUUCAUUACGAUUUACAACACCUCAAACAAGAACUACGUGAUCAACCGAAACACGACUGUCGGCACGCUCACCGAAGUAUUACCAUCCAAAACAUGUUUCGCUAUGACUUCAUCUGUCCAACCACAACAGCACCAAAACUUGAACAUAUCCCAGCCAAUGACAAGCGAGGUUCAAGCAAUAACUGAGACAUCCAUUGAACAUUUAAGUGACGAACGAAAACGAACCAGUCGUCCCAUUUUGCAGAAAUAUUGUGGACUAUUUGAUCUAUCCAAAACACGGAUUGCGAAAACACAUAUUCACCAUCCAAUCCAAACUGGUAACCAUCAAGCAGUCAUGUCACGUCCAUAUCCGACCUCAUUGACAAAACAACAACUGAUCCACACUCAAAUUCAGACAUUGUACAAAUCCGGUCUUAUUCGUUCGUCUACAUCAGCAUGGGCGUCACCGGUGGUUCUCGUCACCAAAAAGGAUGGUAAACCACGCUUUUGCGUUGAUUAUCGGAAAAUAAACCAGUUAACCACACGUGACGCAUUUCCACUACCAAACAUGGAAGAAACAAUUAAUCGGUUGGGUGGUGCAGCAUUUUUCACGAAACUCGACUUAAAAUCUGGCUAUUUUCAGAUACCGAUUCGAGAAGAAGAUAAAGCCAAAACCGCUUUCAUUACACAGAAUGUGCUCCCACAGGGUCUAUCCAACAACCGACAUUUUUUCUAUUUUCAGAUACCGAUUCGAGAAGAAGAUAAAGCCAAAACCGCUUUCAUUACACAGAAUGUGCUCCCACAGGGCCUAUCCAACAACCGACAACGUUGGCUAUUUGCUACAACGGGCUUACCGAACCUGUCAACAUGA